CGCGAGCCAUGGCAAAUGAAAACAAAAGUGAUCAUGGUUUCGUUACGGUAUACAAUAGAAGAAGUUCUGCAAAGGAGUUGCACCUGGAAUACGAGGGGGUUCAGACUCGGAUUUUUAAGAUCAUUGUGAUCGGGGAUUCGAAUGUUGGGAAAACAUGUUUAAGUUACAGAUUUUGCGGGGGACAAUUUCUUAAAAACCCCGAGGCUACAAUCGGAGUGGAUUUCAGAGAGAGGACAGUAGACAUAGAUGGGGAAAACAUCAAGCUGCAGAUAUGGGACACAGCGGGACAGGAGCGCUUCCGGAAAAGCAUGGUGGAGCACUACUACCGGAACGUCCAUGCCAUCAUCUUCGUGUACGACAUCACAAAGCUCUCCUCCUUUGAGAGCCUGCCGGAGUGGAUCGAGGAGUGCGGCCGCCACUCCGUCCCGCCCAUGGUGCCCCGCAUCCUGGUGGGCAACAAGUGUGACUUAAAGGGCAAGGGGGAGGUGCCUACCUCGCUGGCCCAGCGCAUGGCAGACGGCUACAACUUCCCCCUCUUCGAGACCUCCGCCAAGGACCCCGCCGAGAAGGAGCACGUUGACGCCAUCUUUCUCACCCUGGCCUACAAGCUGAAGAACCAUAAGCCACUGCGGCUGAGGCAGCCCAGCGAGUGCAGUGCAGUCCCCCUCGCGGACGAGCAGGAGCUGCCGAACCCCUGCCUGUGCUGAGCCGCCCCGCAGCAGGGCAAACGCCGUGGUCUUAAAGUGGCGCUUCCUGUCCACCUCAAAAAAAGUGUUUUUUUUUCGUAGUAGCGGGUUUAGUGCAGUAGUCUCUUCCUACGGUAGGCCAGCUUUUCCUGGUGUGUCCAGGCUUUGCAGUAACAUCACUGCUGGCAGGAGCUCGAUUCUUUUCAGAUUACUCAAGCCGUUAGGUGAUGUGUUAAAGGAAGCUGUCCAGGGCGUAAAGCAUCGCUGCCUCAAUGUGGAUGCAAAUGUGUCAGGCAGAGUCCAGCAUGGGUACCUUAGCCUUGUUAACACACAGAUGAAGGAUGUUGUUGACAAGUUUUUGAGAAUGAACUGUCGUUUGUGCAGUGUGUGUGUGUGUGUGUGUG